AUGCAGUCCCUUUUGUUGCUUGCUACGCUUCUAGGCUCUGCACUGGGCGGUGCCAUUCCUUCCCAGAGUGCAAACUAUAAUGGAUACAAAGUCAUGCGCGUGUCUGGAGAUGAUACCAGCAAGAUCUCGCACAUUGUUUCCAAGCUGGGCCUGGAGACCUGGAAAUUCCCCAAGGCCGCUAACGCUAAUGUCGACAUCGUCGUUCCCCCCAAGAAGGUAGCCGAGUUUGAGAAGAUGUCACACGCUGCUGGCCUCAAGAAACAAGUCAUGCAUGAGAACCUAGGGGACUCUAUUAAAUCCGAGAUGUCCUUCCGUCCUUAUUCCUAUGGCGGCGCCAACGAUACUUGGUUCCAGUCUUACCACAAGUACGAGGAUCACUUGAAGUUCAUGAAGGACUUUCAAAGUGCUCAUUCUCAGAAUUCUGAGAUCGUUACGUCUGGAAAGUCGCAUGAAGGCCGUGAUAUCACCGGUGUUCAUGUCUGGGGAAGCGGUGAGAAGGGAUCCAAGCCAGCUGUAGUCUUCCAUGGAACCGUCCACGCUCGUGAGUGGAUCACCACCAUGACCGUUGAGUACAUUCUUGCCCAGCUUUUUGAUGACAAAGAAGCCGGAGCUGCUCUUCUUGAGAAGUUUGACUUCUACAUCUUCCCGAUCGCUAACCCCGACGGCUUUGUUUUUACUACUGAGAGCGACCGCAUGUGGCGCAAAAAUCGUGAGCAGAACGAGGGAGGCUGUUAUGGCACUGAUCUCAACCGUAACUGGCCAUACAAGUGGGAAGGUGAUGGUUCCACCACUGAUCCAUGCUCCGAAACCUAUCGAGGACCCUCUCCCGGCUCUGCCCCAGAGACCAAGGCUAGCACCAGUUUCAUCAAGGGUCUCGCUGAUGGGGCUGGCCUCAAGAUGUUUGUUGACUGGCACUCGUACUCUCAGCUAUUCAUGACCCCAUACGGCUACAGCUGCUCUGCUCGCGCACCAAACGAUGAUGUCCUCCAGGAGAUGGCAAGCUCGUUUGCUGAUGCUGUCAAGGCCGUCCAUGGAACAAGCUUCACCACUGGCCCUAUCUGCAAUACCAUCUACCAGGCCAAUGGUAACUCUGUCGAUUGGAUUGUCGAUGAAGUCAAGGGCGAGACAGCCUUCGCUGCAGAGCUCCGUGACACUGGCAUGUACGGCUUCGUCCUACCCCCAGAGCAGAUCAUCCCAAGUGGUGAGGAAACCUGGGCUGGCGUCAAGGCGAUGUUCAGCAAGCUGAAGUAA